UAUUAUAAGUAUUUGAGCUGACGCUGGCCGGUGGCAGUGAGAGGAUCAACUCUAGCAAUUCUCGUACGACGCCAUCGUCGGUGACCCGAACCCCGACUUUCAUGUUCGACAUUCGAACUAUCUAAAAUUAGUCAAUUAAUUGCGCUAUAUAUAGUGUUUUCGUGUCUAUGAGGGAGCAUAUCAAUAUAUAUAAGAUAUAUUUCAUUCACUGCGACCGUUGUUGAAUCUCGGUCUCUACCUAUCUCGAUUCCUGAGCCACACUCAAUUGAUAAACUUCAUUCACGGAAUUUUCACAAUGGCGAACGGACAGACUUCCAACGAGCCCAUGCUCUGCCUCACCAUGUGCGCUUACAAGCGUGAGGGUAUGGACGAUGAAGACUACCGCAAAUACAUGACUGAGCACCACGUGCCGCUUGUUCGUGACCUGAUGGUCAAGCAUGGCAUCGACAAGUACAGCAUGACACAUAGCCCUCCACCUACCCGCGCCCUGAUGAACAAGAUCUUCGAUGCUCAGUUCGCGAAUGUUGCGGACUACGACUGUAUCGUCCAGAUCCAGUUCCGCGACAUUGACCAAUUCAUCGCUCUCAAGGCUGAUCCAGAGUACAAGAGGGCGCUCUUUGCAGAUCACGAGAAAUUCGCAGACACUAAGCGAACAAGGAUGACAAUUGGAUAUGUGCGGGACUUCCUGCGCGAUGGAAUGCUUGUAUAGAUUGGUGAUGGAACGGCGUUAUGAUGGAAUGAUUGGGAUAUAUCUAGCUUCUACUUGUAGAUUGAGAUUACCAAAACUUUUUUGACUCUGAUUCUUAUUCCUUGC